AUGGCGGGCACUUCGGAUCCUUCUUUUUCGCCGGAAAGCGAAAGCGGGCAAUUAAUUCGUCGCACCUCCAGACGCGUCGCGCAGAUCGGAGAAUCCAGUAGAUCGGGCUCUGAAAUCCCAUCUCUUCUAACUCGCUGCUCAGCUGGAGCUUCAUCAUCACGGACUCCUCUACCAGUUCGUCAUGAAGACGGGAGUGACGAACUGACUCAAGACGUGUUGUCGCAAGAAGAAGACCGAUUCACGCCUUUAGGAAUCUCAAUCGAAGAUAUCGAUCCUUUGUUAGACCAUAAAGGACGAAUUGGAGGCGAUAAGAGUUUGAGUUCGAUCAAAACCGUGAACGACAUGCUGAACUCAUGCGGUCUAUUCAACAGCAACGUCACAAUUUUUAUUCCUCGAGCCGACCAGCGCCCCUGGAGCCCGCCGGAAGGGUACAUAUGCUUGUACGAGGGUUAUUUUACUGAAUGUCGCCUCCUAUUCCCAAUCCCAGCAUUGAUAUCACUCUACGCCCAAAGACGCAGGAUAGCGAUCUGCCAAUUUGUCCCUGGAGCCAUUUGUAACUUCAUGGCUGUCCUUACCAUAGCAGCCGAAGUCGGACUUAACAUUGGAGGUCAAUGCUUUGAGCAACUAUCCAACUUCAAGUCAUCAAACAGUCUGCAUCGCUGGGAAGUGAAUAUGAGACCGGCGCACAAUUUCCUUGCUGGUCAAAGAGUUUCCAAAUUCAAGAAGUGGGUGAACCACUACUUUUAUGUCCGCGUCGAUCAGUACUCGCUCGUUAAUCCAUUGGGUUUCCAUCGGAGAGUGUGGAAUGAAAAUCCUGAUCGUCCAUUUUGCGCAACAUGUCUAGCUCCGGACUAUCACCCUGUCAGGAACGCUCUACUAUCCGGGAACAAUCGUCGGUGGGAAUUUAUUACCCGUAUCCGUGUUGAAACAGCAAUGGGCAAACCCAGGACAACAUUCCCAAGUUUCGCGAGUUCGCUGGGACGAACUGCGGAGCCAGCCGGGUCACGUGUCGUUGAAUCCGACAGUCUCCAGGUCAUUCGCCGAGAGACCCAGGCUGCCAUCGAAGCCGAUAUCAAUUCUCCUCAGGACCGGUUUGAUGCUGAUCCUGUUCAGGAUCGGACCGUCGUCGAUCCCACUCGGGCUUCCGAAGAAGACGUCGACACGGUCGAUGUUACGAAAGGCGAUACCCCUCCUCUAGCUUUAGGGAAUGUCGUUCCUCCGAACGAUGAAGAAGAUGUUCCUCAGCUUGGAGCUGGACCAAAAAGGAAGAAGAGGAAACACAAAAAGAAGGCGCCGCAGCCAGCAACAAACCGCAAACGCUCAGCUGAAAAUGCCGGACUGGAAUCUGCCGACCGAUUCCGUCUGACUGCCGCCAGGAUGAAUACGCUGACUCAGUUGUACGAUAGGCGAGUCAAAAGUGAUGAAAAGUCUGGAUUCGAGCUUGAAAAGGUGAAGGAAUGCGCGGAACAAAUCCGAGUUGCCAGCAAAGCUAAGGAUGAGAGGAUCAAGGAGCUUGAAUCUCUUCUCGCUGAAAAGGACGAUAUCAUCGCCAAAUCCGAACUAAGGAUUGGCGAACUGAAUUCCCGAGCGCUUAUUCUCGAAGAAGAGAAAUCCGAACUGCAGGGAGCAUGCAACGAGUUGAAAAUCAAACUCGACUUUGAAGUUAAAAGACUUCGGCGGGAUCGUUUGGAGAAGGUGGAGCGAACAGCGAAGAAAGCGCAGACUCGAUUGAAUAAGGUCAAGGCUUAUUUAGUCGAACAAGAGAAGAUUCGCCCCUUGGAAGACCUGUUAAACCAGGCUACCAGGGUGCAGGAAACUGUGCAAUAUCUGAUCGAGAAGGGGGUCGUUAUUCCUGAGGAGCGAAUCGCGGAGAUUGAUAAGAACAAGGCCAAAGCCGAGGAAACUCUCCAAGCGAUCGACGUCCUCGAACUGAAUGAAAACGACGUCGUCAUGUCCCCUGAUCAGCUGGGCUACAGACUUCUUCACCCUGGAACGAUGGCUCCGGACUCCGUCUACCAUCCGUAUGGCUCCAAUGUCGAGAGCUUCCAAGCCGAUUUGACCGGUGCUUUGGACUCUGAUCUUUAA